AUGAAUGAAAUCUCUGGAUUUCAUCAAAAGAAUCUUGAAGGCUUUGGAGAAGCAUGGGAAAGGUUCAACAGCUACAUCUCUCAAUUUCCUCAUCAUGGCUUCAAUAUGGAGAGUUUGCUUAGUACUUUCUACAGAGGUGAUUUGCCCAAGUUUAGAAGCCAGCUUGAUACUGCUAGCAAUGGUUUCUUCUUGGGGAUAACUGAAGUAGAUGCUUUGGAGCUUGUAGAGAAUAUGGCUACGAGUGAUUCAGUCUACAGUGAUGAGCAUGAUAGAAUCAACAGAGGCAGUGGAGGUGAUGAUACAAACACAAAGAGAGAGUUGAAGGCUUUACAAGAUAAGAUGAAUUUGCUUCUUUCGGAUAGGGCUAAACAAGAGAAAGUAAACUUUGUUGGUGAGCAGAAACAAGAGGAGACAGUUGUGGUUCAUGAAGUUGAUGGUCUAGAAGGUCAAGAAGAGCUAUGUUUUGUGAAUGCUAAUGGGACAUGGUACAAGAAAGAGCCUAAUUUCCAGUACAACAACUACCAACAAAAGCCUUUCUACAACAACCAACAAGGUGGUUACCAAGCUAGGCAAAACUACUCUCAAGGCUUCUCCUCCAAAGGAAAUCAGUCUACACAAGGCCAAGCCGGAUCUUCUACUUCUGCUCCACAAGAGAGUAGCACUGGUGCAAUGUUGAAGCAGAUCUUGGAGUCCCAAACUAGAAGUGAAAAGCACAUUGGAUAUGAGCUGAAGAACCUUCACACCAAAGUUGAUGGAAGCUACAAUGACCUCAACAACAAGUUCCUACAACUCUCCUCUCACUUCAAGGCUUUGGAGAAUCAGUUUGCCUCUAUGCCUUCAACCUCUAAGAGCCCAAUGAGAUCUCUACCAGGAAAAUCAGAGAAGAAUCCCAAAGAGUAUUGCAAUGUUAUCCUCUCUACUACUUCUGAGAUUGAGUUGAGUGAUCAUGAGAAAGAGAAAGAUCAGAUUGAAAGACUCAUGUAUGGAACAGAAGUUGUUGCCAAGGCUGAAGCAAUGAUUUUGGAGAAGGUUGAACACAAGAUUGUGGAAAGGGUUGAGAUACAAACUGUAAAGAAGGUUGAGGGAAAGGUUUUGCAACCAGUUAGACUCAAGGUUGAGAAACCGGUUAUUGGGAAAGCUAUAACGCAAUUGAAGGAGGUUCAGUUAGAAGAAGCUCAUGUGGUUGAGCAAUCACCUUAUGACAAGCUCCCAUUUCCACAAAGGUUCCUCACUAAAGCUUAA